AUGUUAGAUGAUGUCGAUACUGUUUAUCAAAAUGAUGUGGAUUAUCUUCCAGUAAAUGCGACAUUAGUAAAGGAUAUGACUGCUAAUGACAACACUCUUCAACGUGUCAGCAGAUAUGUACAAGAUGGCUGGCCUGAACAAUUGCCGAAAUCUGAAGCCAUAGAACGUAUUCAUGAUGAUUGUUCAUCUUGUCAACAAGGUGCAAGUCAACCAAAGCGAGAAUUUUCUGCAUGGCCAGAACCUAGUAGGCCGUGGGAAAGAGUUCAUUUGGAUUUCGCGGGUCCAUUCUUUAAACGUAUGUGGCUCACAGUUGUGGAUGCAUAUUCAAAAUUUCCAUAUAUUGUGGAACUAUCAACAAUAACAGCUGUAACAACAGUUGGAGCUCUACAAAAAAUUUUUUCUAUCGAAGGUCUUCCGUGCACUAUCGUGACAGACAACGGAACACAAUUCAUGUCUAAUGAAUUUCAAAAGUUUUGUGAAAUGAACGCAAUUCAGCAUCUCACGUCUGCUCCUUUUCAUCCGGCUUCGAAUGGGUUAGCGGAAAGACAUGUGAGAACUUUUAAGGAAGCAGUAACAAAAAUUAUGAAAGAGGAACAACAUAUUGACAAAGCGUUGUAUAAAUAUCUUACAACGUAUAGAACUACUCCAAACUUAACAACUGAUAAAUCGCCAGCAGAGUUGUUACAUGGGCGGCAACCAAGAACCAUUUUAUCGGGGUUGUUCCCGAAAGUUAUGGAGACUAUGAAAACUCAAAAUAGAAGCAAAUUCGGAGUUGGAGAGAAAGUGUUAGCUCGUAAUUAUUCGGGAUCGCAUAAAUGGAUCAGGGGCGUGAUACAGAAAUUGCUGGAAAAUAAAAUGUAUUUUAUUCAAACUGAAAAUGGUUACAUAAAACGACAUCAAAAUCAAAUACGUCGAAAUUUGUCGUCAUCGCAUUCAAAUCAACUUAGGGCAGAUAAUAUUGAUAUUGAUUUAGAUUUCGGUAUUCGGACACCACCGGUUGAGAAAACAACAAUUACUACUGGAUCCGACCCGGAACAUAGUCAAACAGAGAAAGACGACAAAAUGGGGACCGAUGAAACAAUAAUCACUACUGGAUCUGACUUGAAACAAAAGCAAAGAGAGAAAGACGACAAAGCGGAGUCCGAUGACAGAUAUGGGUCCAUACACACUGAUCAGUUGCCAAUUCAAUUAAGACGGUCGGUUAGAAAGAGAAGACAACCUGUUCGUUUUAAUCUAGAAUAA